AUGGCACCGGUGUUCCGUUUCCUGCCGGCCGAGGUGGCGGAGAUGGAAACUCACAUGAGGCAGCUCAAGGAGACGAUCUUCCCCAGGCGCUUUGUGAUUGACGCGCUGGCUGAGAAGUUCAGCGCCUCCCUAGACCGUGCCGGCAAGGUCCCCGUCCAGCCCAAGCAGGUGCUCAACUGGUUCCACAACCGUCGCUACUCGCAUCGCAACAAGGCCGCCAGGAGCGCGCCGGCGCCGGGAAAGAUGAUGCCAGGGGGGUCCGACAUUCAUCCCGCAGGCUCUUUUAGGGUUCCUCCAUCAAGCUCCUCUUUUCUGAAAUCAGAGAAGAAUUCGAUGGAGGCUAGCCAGAUCCAGUUUGAAGCGACAUCAGCAAAAGAUGGUGCAUGGUAUGAUGUCGACAUUCUUUCUUAUAGGUUGUUUGAAUCAGGUGACCCGGAAGUACAGGUUCGUUUUUCUGCAUUUGGAGCAGCAGAAGAUGAAUGGGUUAACCUUCGCAGAUGUGUGCGACAACGCUCUCUUCAAUGUAGAGCUACAGAUUGUACUGAUGUGGUUCCUGGUGAUACCGUUCUUUGUUUCAAGGAAGGUGAAGAACGGGCUCUAUAUUUUGAUGCUCGUGUGGUUGAUGCUCAAAGGCAAAGGCAUGAUUUAAGAGGAUGUCGCUGCAGAUUCCUUGUUCAAUAUGAGCAUGAUCAAUCUGAGGAGAUUGUUCCACUGAGGAUGAUGUGCCAUCGACCAGAAACCCACUACAAGCUUCAGAUUUUGCCUGCCUCUAGAGCCUCCGCAGAUUUGACACCCAAUCAAAAGAGUACAGCUGAGCAGAAAACCCCAAAGCAACACAAGAUGACGGCCGUCACAAAUGAGGUGACCAUGGUUUCUGACCCGGACCAAGAAAAGCGAGCAGGCAAAACUGCAGCUCCCUUACCGUCUGGAGCACCAGAGACCAGCAAUAAUUCAGGUUCCGAUGUAGAAAUGAAGGCUGCGGUGGCUGCUCCUAUGGCCAUUGAAAUUGACGAUUAA